AUGAGUUUACCCGCGUGCCCAUUUUUACGACCACUGAGUCGGAUCCUGCGGCCGAGCAGCAAUCGGCUCCAUCAACCCGCGAGACUAUAUUCGAGCCGGGUGCCAUUGACACUAGAUGAUGUGUUACCAACCACAGCCACAACAAUCUCACCGGGUGAUGGGAUGACGCCAUCAGAAGGAAAGCUGCGGUCAACGAUCGACUCGGGAUUCGAGAACAGACCGGCACGGGUCCAGGAGCGCUUCGGCAGCCGGAUGGGGUUCGGUCAAGUUGGACGACGGUCAGCGAUCGAGCUAGGCGCCGACCCUCUCCGUCGUCGGUCGGGCGAGAAGACCCAUUACACCUUACUCGUCCACUCAACCCCGAACAAUACCCGCCUGACCUUGACACACACGCCGGUGGCCUAUCUCCCAGGCAGUUCACCGGGCCAUCCCGGUUUCAAAGCGGCAUACCCCAUGGCCGGCGCCGUUGUUGCUCGGGUCACCGCAGGCUCAGUCGGCUUCAAGCGUGGACGUAGGCAGGAAUACGAGGCGGCUACGCAGGCUUCGCUGGCCAUGUUCAACAAAAUUAGGGACCUCCUCAGACUCUCUUCUCUCGGCAGACUCAACAGCUCCCCGGCUGUUAAAGACGGCCCCCCUAGAGAACUCGAAAUCGUAUUCAACGGCUUCGGAAUCGGAAGAGACGCGUUCAUGGCUUCAUUACUUAACUCGCAAGCCACUGAUCUUAGGGAACUUGUCAGAACACUCAGAGACUCCACUACUGUCAAAAUCGGUGGACCAAGACCUAAAAAACGAAGGAGGGUUUAA